AUGGACUCGAAAGAAAUCCUGGCGGUCCAUUCCACCCUCCACUUGAUUUUUCACCGCAACAAGAAUCAGCACCAAAGAACCAAAUGGUGGAAAUGGCUGUCGGCCUUGAAGCGCAUUACCUUGAAACUGGCCAACGCCCUUGAUGAUCGCGCGUUUGAUGCUACUGCCGCCCACGCCUACAAGCAACAUCUAGCUACCUCCCUCAUCCCAAGAUGUUUCCAGGCAUUUUCCACUGUCGUGGCCGAUAAUCAGUUUUCUACGCUGGGAGUAGUCUUACUUGCUGCUUUGGCGCGUUUGACAAAGGCAACCAGGAUUGCGCAUGAGCGUAAAUCGCAACCCCGGGCGAAACCCCUCCCGAAAGGCCCCCCCGCUGUAGCUUCGGCGAAGGAGGAUCUGGGAGAGCGUGUUUCUCGAUCAGGGGAUUCGAGGAUGGACAUCGCCGAGCUCACUGAAGCUUCCAGCCAGUCAACCAAGAAGACACAGAAGGCCAAAACAAAAAAGCGGAAGAAAAAUGCCAUUGAUGAUCUCUUUAAUGGUUUGCUAUGA